GCCGCUGCCAUACAGCCAGGUCAAGGAGCCGCUGGCGUCCGUAGACGAGGAGGCGGCGCUUCAAAUCCUGCAGGCGCUGGAGCAGGAGGCGGCCACCGUGCAGGACCCCGUAGAGUACGUCAAGGCCGCCGUCGGCGCCGCGAAUGGCGGCCUGCCCGCCUCGGAGCACUCCGCGGUGGGCGCCGACAGGAAGCGCAGGGCGCCGCCUCCAGCGGCCGGCGACGCCGAUGGCGUCAUUGCCGGGCGCUCAGCGCUCGCGAAAGGCUCCGCUCGUCGUCGUUCGGAGGCCACGGGCAAGAAGUCGUCCGGCCGUUGA